CCCGGAAAAGGGGGAUUUACGCCGAGCUACAGAGUAGAAAAAUCAAACAUAGACGUGGUCCGCUGCAGGUCCAGACAAAUACGAAAGUCUAUCGUCCAUGAUCAUCUAUGAUAUCCUCACGACUUGCCCAAAACGGCAAGAAGGCUCAUUUCGCCUAGAGCCGAAAAAGGAGAGAUGUCGGCUAUGUCAGCGACCAUCGAAUCCCGUGACUCCACUGACCCCACCCGAGAAAAUGUCAAAGGCGUUCCGCGGAAAAUCAACUCCUUACUUGUUAGCCAAUUGGAUUAGUUGGUAAAUCCUAUGUACAAGCACACAUCGCAAUCCGGCC